AUGACCACAGUAUCCACAUAUACAGCGACAUCGCUGGACAAGAAACCCUCCGCUGUUGUCCACGAGGUGAUUAUCGAACAACGAGCCAACAGUUAUAUCACGGCAUAUCAACCAGCGGAAUCGAUCAUUCCUCCGAGAAGCACUCAGAGAGCACUGCUACUCAAGGCUGCUCGCGAGCAAUACACCCUGGUAACGGAUCAUGCUAUUCCCUCGACGCACAGCAAAGAUGAGAUUCUCGUCAAGAUUCUAGCAAUCGGUCUGAAUCCGAUCGACUGGAAAGGCCCGGCCUUCAAUUUCGGCAUUCCCAGUCUCCCCUGGGUCAAUGGACGAGAUCUCGCGGGGGUAGUCGUGCAAGCAGACGAAUCGGCGCGUGUCCGGGAAGGAGAUCUGGUUCUGGUGCCGUCAACUGACUAUCGCGAUAUCCGUAAGGCCGCUUUCCAAGAAUACGCCGUAGCCACGCAUUUCAAUGCGGUGCGAAUCCCAUCUACAGGAUGCGUGCAUGCGUCGGCCGCGCUGGGUGUGGCAUUUGUGGCCUCUGUGCUGGCGUUGGGUGUGUCAUUGGGACUCAGUCUGUCGCGGUCGAGCUGUCCUGGUCCGGAUCUCAUCGAGGUGGUGAAGAACCUCGCGGUAGAUCAGAUCCCGGUUGAUAUUCGAGAUCAAUGCUUUGCAUCCGCUAAGGAGAUUGAACGACCACGGAAGGGAGACUGGAUCGCCAUCUGGGGGGCAUCCACCACCACCGGGUCCAUCAUGCUGCAACUGGCACGACAGGCAGGUCUACGCGUCAUAUGCGUAGCUGAUAUAGCCCGCCACGGCGCGCGGCUCGUCGAACUGGGUGCAGACGCCCUCGUUGACCGCCAGGAUUCGUCGCGUGCCAUCGAGAUUAUCCGCGGUAUCACCGGGGGGAAAGCUACGCUACGCAAUCGACAUCAGCAAGAAGAUGGAUCGCAUGCGCACCUCUUGGGGCUGACGGGUUUGCCUAAGGAGAGAGCAGCCAACGUCUGUCAUCAUACGGUACCGAUAAAGCUGUUCCAUACGUCGCCUGUGGUGGGAGAAGCGAUCGUCUCCUGGUUAGAGAGGUUGCUACAGUCGAAGGCUUUGGAGUUACCGCCGAUUGUCCGAGUCGAUGGAGGGCUUGCCGGCAUUAAUGACUCGUUGGAGAUUCUGCGACAGGGUGCGGUGUCGGGGAAACGCAUCGUGGUGGAUAUGGCCAAAACCUAUACCCCAACUGACACCAUUGAGGGUGGCUCGCACGUCAUCAUGCCCCUCAUCGAGCAUCUCAGCCACGCCUACAAGUCGCUACAGAACUGGAUUGAACUGGCACAGAAACUCGAGGCGGCCAAAUUCCACGCUAUCUUCUUCGCCGACGUGCUAGGCGGCUACGACGUCUACAAAGGCCCGGCCAACCUAGAGCCCACCAUCCCCGCCGGAGCCCAAUUUCCCAUCAACGACCCUCUGUACAGCAUCCCCGCCAUGGCUGCCGCCACGCAGAGCAUUGGAUUCGGCGUGACGGCGUCCACGACCUACGACGCGCCGUAUGCGCUGGCCCGGCGAUUCUCUACCGUUGACCAUCUAAGCAACGGCCGCGUGGGAUGGAACAUUGUCACUUCGUAUCUGGAUUCUGCGGCGCGAAAUUUCGGCCUCAACACGCAAGUGGAGCAUGACGAGCGAUAUCGCAUCGCAGACGAGUACCUUGACGUGACGUACAAACUCUGGGAAGGGUCAUGGCGCGACGGUGCCGUGAACAACCGCGACGGAGUAGCUGGGUAUGCCGACCCUGCUGCUGUGCGACAGAUCCAUCACCGGGGGAAGUAUUUCACUGUGCCUGGUCCCCAUCUCUGCGAACCGAGUCCGCAGCGCACGCCGUUCCUGUUGCAGGCGGGCACCUCGACAGCGGGGAAGUCGUUCGCCGCGAAACACGCGGAGGCGAUAUUCUUGCAUGGACAGAAGCCUGAGCUUGUACGGCCAUCAGUGGACAGUGUACGACAGCAGGCAAAGGAGUUCGGGCGCGACCCGACAUCCAUCAAGGUGGUGGCGGGUCUGCUGGUAAUCGUGGCCGAGACGGACGAAGCAGCACAUGCCAAGUUCGCCGAGCUGGUCAAAUACGGUGAUAAGGAAGGGGCACUGGCAUUGUUCGGAGGAUGGUCAGGAUACGACCUCUCCAAAUGGGCAGAUGAUCAGGACUUCCGGUUCGUGGAGCAACCAGCGGUGCGCAGUAUGGUCAAUCACUGGGCCAGCACGGUUCCAGGCACGGAGGGCAAGAAAUGGGACAAGAAGACCAUCGCCGAGUAUCUCGUUCUGGGCGGCAAUGGAGCCAAGGUCAUCGGUAGUGCGAAGACUGUGGCGGACGAGCUAGAGCGGUGGGUGGAAGUGGGAGACGUGGAUGGCUUCAACCUCAGUUAUGCCUCGGUGCCAGAUACUUUUGACGAUAUCAUCCGUUAUCUGAUUCCGGAGUUGCAGCGCCGGGCUAUUUUUCAUAAAGAUUAUGCCGUACCUGGGGGCACUUUCCGUGAGAACAUGUACGAGGCCCAGGGACACACGAGACUGCCAGAAUCGCAUCCAGGGGCGCAGUAUUUCUGGCGAGAGGGUGAGGAGACGCCAGAAUAUGCCCGGACAGUAUAA